AUGGCCUCUGCCAGCAGGUUCUCUGAAGAGGAGUUCCAGGAGGCCUGUGCAGAACUACAGCAUCUCCGGAUAUCAGGCUGGGAGAUGCCAGUGGUCACCUCAGUUGUUAGGGUCUACCAGCGACCACUGAACAAGCCGACUGGACUUUAUGAGUAUAAGGUCACUGGUAUUGUGAGAUCUCCACCAGACCUACUUGCAGAUGUCUAUAUGGACUUAGACUAUAGAAAACAGUGGGACCAGUAUGUUCAAGAACUCCGUGAAAUAAAAGUCGAUGGAGAAGAAGCGGUCUAUUGGCAAAUGAAGUACCCUUUUCCCAUGUCCAACAGAGAUUGUGUCUAUGUGAGGCAGCGGCGACAGCUGGACUUUGAAGGGCGGAAGGUCCACGUGAUCCUGGCCCAGAGCAUCUCUGUACCAUGGUUUUCAGAGAAGUCGGGCAUGAUCAGGGUGAAGCAGUACAAGCAGAGCCUGGCAAUCCAGAGCUAUGACUCUUGGAGGAGCGAAGUUUUCAUGUAUUACUUCAAUAACCCAGGUGGCCAAAUUUCGUUCUGGAUCCUUAACAAUUUCACCAAGAGUGAAAUUCCUGGCUUCCUGAGAGACUUGGAGAAUGCCUGUCUGAAGUACCACAGAGCCGAAGAGAGAUUUGUGAGCCUUGUGUCCAUGGAGUGAUGUCCAUAGAAUGAUGCCUGCACAUGCCCCAAGCACUGACACUCAGCCUGCCUCUCUCUUUUCCAGCCUCAGAGGCCCACACACUCUCCAUCACUUGUCCUCAAGUGUGUUUGCCUGAGAUCCAUUUCCUUUCCCACUCUCCCUGCCUGGGACCCACUGCCCUCUUCCACUGUUGAAUGCAGGUGAUAUUAGGGAAACUUUUGAUUGUUUAUUUUUAAAAAGGGGAGUCCUCUAGGGAACACAGUCAUUUCAUUAUGCCCUUCUAGGGUGUUGUGGGUGGGGGACUGACACCACCUCCUCAGGGCGACUGAUCCCAGUGAGCCGGCUCCUUCCCACACCUGAGUCGUUGCAACUCAGGAGGGUGAUUUCCUGGCGAAGUUGUUUUGCCUUCAGAACUGACUCCCAGUGUGCCAAGACCGGAGGAUGCAUGUCUGUUGGCCUUAUGCUUUGCUGAUUUGAGACAAUAAUCCACUAAACCUGUCCGCAUUCCUAUGUGGGGAGGAUCAUGACCUGUUUUGAUUUCAAACCAUUUGAAAGAUGUCACAGACCUGACUAUGUGUAUAGUGUGAAACAGUUUUUUUCUCAUCAUCCUUGUCUGGGUUUUUCUCUUUCCCAUAUGCCACUGGGGAAGGCUGUCUGUACCUCUCUAGUUCCGUGUUUUACUGGACAAUGAGGCAUCAAGAUAACUCUGGUGGUUACCAUAAGCCAACUUGCUCUGCACACAACAUUGAGAAUAAUUUUCUUUAUGUGUAAUUUCCUUCUAUAAUAUUUGGACAUGUUGAAAGAAUAAGUGUUCACAGACAGGGAAAUAUGAAUUAGUGGUGUGGUUGACGCUACACCUUUUUUCUUAGGAAUUCUGUUAUUUGUCUCUCCCACCAACAGAAGACUUCCCUUUUCCAAUUUUUCUCUUGAGUCUCGGAAUGAAAGCUAUUCUGUGGACAAAGGCACAGCUUUAUAAUCUCAGGGAAAAUUUUACUGUGUGUGAUGGUACCAAGUCUUGAUUACUGGACAUACAAAUUCAGGAUGUGAUGCCAG